UGACUCCGGGCAGCGGUACUCGCUCCGCGGCGGUUGGCCAGACGUGAACUCCGCGUCAGCUUCCCUUUGGUCCACUUCUCUCUGUCUGUGUGUGGGGGGAACGAGGAAGUGGACACCACUGCGGACACACUUUACGACCUUUUUGUACCUGGGAGUGCUUCAAUGUGAAGUUUACCUCGCUUCCAGACUUGGACAUGUUAGUCUUCAGGGCCAGAACUUUGCUGUCCUGACACAGACUGUCAUUUUAGAGCCAGGAUCAUCAAUUCUACUGCUCUGGAUAUUGGUCACAUGGUUCAAACUCGGCACGCCACGUUCCUCAGAAAAGCAGGACAGAUCUCCUUGGUACCCAAGAACUGUGGAACUGUGGAACUCCUAGUCCGCAACUUAAUCCCGACACGGCCAUGUUACAUAAGUGAUGUCCCAGCCCUGUGACGGCCUUGGACCAGGAGUCGGAGAAGGUCAGAGGCGGAGCAGCGCAGACUCUGCCUCGGUGGAAGAUGACCAGUCAGACGUGCGCCACAUGGAGUCGGACAUGAAGAUUGACAUGUUCCGAGAAGACGGCAUGGAGGAUGAGGACGACGAGUCUCCGUCCGAGCGACAGAUCGUGGUGGGCAUCUGCUGCAUGAUGAAGAAGUCCAAGUCCAAGCCCAUGACGCAGAUCCUGGAGCGCCUCUGCAAGUUUGACUACAUCGAAGUGGUCAUUUUCCCUGAGGACGUCAUCCUGGAGGAGCCCGUGGACAAAUGGCCGCUGUGUGACUGCCUCAUCUCCUUCCACUCCAAAGGUUUCCCUCUGGACAAAGCUGUGGAAUACGCCAAACUCCGGAAUCCACUGCUCGUCAACGACCUCAACAUGCAGUAUUUCAUACAAGACAGGAGGGAAGUGUACCGCAUCCUCCAAGAAGAGGGCAUCGACCUACCUCGCUACGCUGUGCUCAACCGAGACCCCGACAAUCCUGAAGAGUGCAACCUGGUGGAAGGGGAGGACCACGUGGAGGUGAACGGUGAGGUGUUCCCCAAACCCUUUGUGGAGAAGCCUGUGUGUGCUGAGGACCACAAUGUCUACAUCUACUACCCAACGUCUGCAGGUGGCGGCAGCCAGAGGCUCUUUAGAAAGAUCGGGAGUCGAAGCAGCGUGUACUCCCCAGAGAGCAGUGUCCGGAAGACGGGAUCUUACAUCUACGAGGAGUUCAUGCCCACAGAUGGUACCGAUGUGAAGGUGUACACAGUGGGUCCGGACUACGCUCAUGCCGAAGCCCGGAAGUCACCUGCCCUUGAUGGGAAGGUGGAGCGGGACAGCGAAGGGAAGGAAAUCCGAUACCCGGUCAUGCUGACCGCCAUGGAGAAGCUAGUGGCUCGCAAGGUCUGCCUGGCCUUCAAGCAAACAGUGUGCGGCUUCGACCUGCUCCGAGCCAACGGCCACUCAUUUGUUUGUGACGUCAAUGGCUUCAGCUUUGUCAAGAACUCCAUGAAGUAUUACGAUGACUGUGCCAAGGUGCUGGGGAACAUGGUGAUGAGAGAGUUGGCACCUCAAUUCCACAUCCCCUGGUCCAUCCCAAUGGAGGCUGAAGACAUCCCCAUCGUACCAACAACCUCAGGAACUAUGAUGGAGCUGCGCUGCGUUAUCGCCAUCAUUCGCCAUGGAGACCGCACACCAAAGCAAAAAAUGAAAAUGGAGGUCCGACAUCCUCUAUUCUUUGAGCUGUUUGAGAAGUGCGGCGGUUAUAAGUCGGGAAAGCUCAAGCUGAAAAAACCAAAACAACUGCAGGAGGUGCUGGACAUUGCUCGUCUGCUGCUGCUCGAACUCGGCCAACAUAACGACUGCGAGAUUGAGGAGAAGAAGUCCAAAUUGGAGCAACUCAAGACCGUUCUGGAGAUGUACGGUCACUUCUCAGGUAUCAACCGGAAAGUCCAGUUGACGUACUUGCGUAACGGACAGCCUAAAGCCUCCAGCGAAGAGGAAGACUCCAAGAGGGAGGGUCCGUCCCUGCUGCUGGUCCUCAAGUGGGGCGGAGAGCUAACGCCUGCUGGCCGGGUUCAGGCUGAGGAGCUGGGUCGGGCCUUUCGCUGCAUGUACCCUGGAGGUCAAGGUGACUAUGCUGGAUACCCCGGCUGCGGCCUCCUUCGCCUGCACAGCACUUACCGCCACGACCUGAAGAUCUACGCCUCCGACGAAGGCCGGGUACAGAUGACGGCGGCUGCUUUCGCCAAGGGUCUCCUUGCUCUGGAGGGAGAGUUGACUCCCAUCCUGGUGCAGAUGGUAAAGAGCGCCAACAUGAAUGGCCUGCUGGACAGCGACAGCGACUCACUGACCGACUGCCAGCAGAAGGUGAAGGCCCGACUGCAUGAGAUCAUGCAGAAGAGCCAGGAGUUCUCACAGGAUGACUAUCAGAAGCUUGCCCCAACUGGAAGCCCAUCGUUGGUUAACUCCAUGAAAGUCAUACAGAACCCAGUCAAGACCUGUGACAAGGUGUACGCCCUCAUCCAGAGCCUCACCUCGCAAAUUAGGAAACGACUGGAGGACCCCAAGUCUUCAGAUCUGCAGCUGUACCACAGUGAGACCUUGGAGCUAAUGCUGCAGCGUUGGUCCAAACUGGAGAGGGACUUCCGCAUGAAGAGCGGGCGCUACGACAUCAGCAAGAUCCCGGACAUUUAUGACUGUAUCAAGUACGACACACAGCACAAUGGCUCGCUGGGCCUGGAGGAGACGCUGGAGCUGUUUCGCCUCUCCCGCGCUCUGGCUGACAUUGUCAUACCGCAGGAGUACGGCAUCAGCAAAGUGGAGAAGCUGGACAUAGCUCAGGCGUACUGCGUCCCCCUGAUGAAGAAGAUCCAGUUGGACCUGCAGAGGACGCAUGAGGAUGAGGCCGUCAACAAGCUCCACCCCCUGUACUCUCGAGGGGUGAUGUCCCCGGGUCGCCACGUCCGAACUCGCCUCUACUUCACCAGCGAGAGUCACGUCCACUCGCUGCUGAGUAUCUUCCGCUACGGAGGACUGCUAGAUGAAGACAAAGACCAGCAGUGGAACCAGGCGAUGGACUACCUGAGUGCCGUGACUGAGCUCAACUACAUGACCCAGAUAGUCAUCAUGCUGUACGAGGACAACAACAAGGACCCAUCCUCUGAGGAACGUUUCCACGUGGAACUGCACUUCAGUCCGGGGGUCAAAGGUUGCAAGGAUGAGGAAAACAUUCCUCUCGGAUUUGGUUUCCGGCCGGCCUCCUCAGAGAAUCAGGACAAAAAGCCCAACCAGGGCAGCCUGGAGGAUCUCUCUCAGGAUCAACUCGACCAGGCACUUCCUGUUUCUGAUCCUAUCAGCAUCCAGCGAAGGUCCCCUAUGAUUCGCAACCGCAAGACGGGCUCCAUGGAGUGGGUCCUGGAGUCACGGUGCAACUGUGUGGGUCUUAACGCCGCUCAGGUCCUCUCUGAGACCUCCCCCACCCAGUUGUCCAAAGGCUGCACGUCGCACCGACUCUUCCCUUUGGGAUCGCGCCAGUCGCCUGAGAUCAAACCAGCCAGUGGCCUAGGCUCGCUCUGCUCUGGCCUCUUCAGUGCCUCCAUGCUGGGGGUGUCCUGUAGCGCCCCCAACCUGCGGGACUACGUACGCACGCACCACCAUCACCACCACCGAAAACCGCCCCUGUCCCCAGGCAGCCUGCCCUGCCAGAUUGGCAUGUUCGAGCUGUUGUCUAUGCCGCCAGUAAAGAGAUUUUCUGUGUCGUUUGCCAGGCAUCCGACUAACGGCUUUGAAGGCUGCUCCAUGGUGCCCUCCAUCUACCCUCUGGAGACGCUGCAUAACUCUCUCUCGCUGAAGCAGGUGGACGAGUUCCUCAACACCGUCUGUGAGAGCAGCAGCGAGGCCCACGCCAAGACCAUGAAGGCGCUGUCCGGCCUGUUCGACUCUCAGAGCCAGACAUCGCUCUACAGUCCGCAGCAGCCACUGUCCUCUUCGGGCUCGGAGGCGUCUCUGCGGCCGCCAAGCCAGCCUCUUUGGCAUGGCAGCGUCCCCUCCAGUGCCGUGUCCAGCGCCGGGCCGUCCUCUCCCAUGACGGAGAGCUCAGCUCUCAACUUCAGCUUCAGGCAGCACCACUCGACUGAAUGCGUGUGCACUGAGCACAAAACUCCAGUUAAAAAACCACUAAUGGUAAACACCUGUGUUCCAAUAAGAGCAGGUGGGUUUGUGCCAAGCGCUGAUUGAACCUCAUCAUAGAACAAUGACUUCUGACUGUGCUGGAGCACAUGAGCAAACUCCUGUAGAACAAAUGUUUGUAUGACUGAUUAGCGUAAUAUUUAUGAAUGUUUAAUUUAAGACAUCCAAAUGUAAGUAAGUCAAAGUGUUUCUUUUGGCUGAUGAAGACCUCAGUCUGUUGGCUAGACCUCCAGUUGAACUGCAGUGUUGAAAUGUGGAGAUUAAAAACUGUCAACAAAG